AGGACUCUCAGUAAAGAUUUGGCAAAGGUCAGCCGGCACCCUUUGCACACAGCAUGUCAUCGUCUUCUGGCAGCUGACAAGAGCCUCCUGGUCAAACUGAGAAAAAGCACCGGCUACACCUUUAUUAACUGCAAGAAAGCGCUGGAGAAGUUUGACAAUGACAUUGCACAGGCAGAGGCUUGGCUGCACGAGCAGGCCCAGAAAGAAGGUUGGAGCAAAGCGAGCAAGCUGGAGGGUCGCAAAGCCGGAGAGGGCCUCAUUGGUCUCUUGAUGAGAGACCAAGUUGCAGUCAUGGUCGAGGUCAACUGCGAGACAGACUUUGUCGCCCGCAAUGAGAAGUUUCAGCAGCUGGUGAAAGACGUCGCCUUCUCCACCUUGGCUCACCACCAAAAUAAAAGCCAAAGUCGGACUGGAUACCUCAAGGUGGGCCAUGUGUGAGAUUUUUGUUCCCGU